UGGAUAGAAAUGUCUAGAAAAGGAGCUGACACAAAGACAUCAGCGGGAAUUAUUUUGGCUUUUACCUGAGAUAGGACUGCUCUCUGCUCUAUGUCUACGAGACGUGCUGUGGAAGUAAACAAACCACAGUUUGGUCUGCAGCUAUUCAGAGAUCAGAUCCCACAGAGGGUCCAGGCUGUCUGCACUCGUGCAGCUGUGGUGACUGUCAGCAGCUGUUGGAGCUGCUCUGAGGCGCAUUCAGCUCCGUCAUGAAGCUCAGGCUGCUGCUCGCCCUGCUCUCAGUCUGUGAAUGUGACAGCAAGGUCAAAGGUCACACAGGUCAGGACGUCACUCUGCCCUGUAAAUAUGACAGGAAAUAUCACGGCGCCGUGGAAGUGUGCUGGCAGCGAGGAGAGAUACCGCUCAACAAGUGCUCCAAUCCGCUGAUCUCCACAGAUGGAGACAAAGUGUUAACCAGAGCUUCCAGCAGGUAUGAGAUGCUGGGCCGACUGGAGGACGGAGACGUGUCUCUGACCAUCAUGAACCUCACAGAGGGAGACGCUGGACGAUACGGCUGCAGGGUGCAUAUACCCGGGCCGUUCAACGAUGAGAAGCAUCACAUCGACCUGACUGUUGUCCCAGCUCCACAAAUUCACACAUCAACAGCCUGGACGACAAAGACCACCGCGGCCUCUCAGACUGCAGGUCACCUGACCUCCACAGAAAGCCUGCUGACUUCCUCCCACAGUGUGACGAGCGGCAGUGAGAAGCAGGAGGGCGGAGCUCUGACGGGCGUUGUGCUCUACGUGCUGCUGGGUUCGGUGUUGCUGCUCAUCAUCGCAGGAGGCCUGAAGCUGCUCUGCAGACGCCCUCAGAAGUUUCAGCAGUUCGACACCUCGGCCCGCUUCAGCUCCACGUCGUCUGCUGUGCAGCUUCACAGCAAAAGCUCCGCCGGGGACGGAGACAUCAGCGGCAGCGAAGGCGUAUACGAGAACUACGUCUGCAGCUCUGAGGCUCCGCCCACUCAGCUGCCGAGGCUGAAGACGAUAUAACGAAUAACAACAGCCUUCCUGGAGUUUGAGCCAGAGCUGUGCCUUCAUUUCUGUCCAAUCAGAGAGCUUCAGGUGGUAAAUCUCCCUCAGGUGGGAGGGUCUGUAGGCAGCAGGUGGUUAACAGACUAACAUGUAAAUACAAAUGAGCUCUUAUUGUGAAAGAUCUGGUAUGAUUUCAGGUUUUUCUCAGAUUUAAUAAAAUAUUUG